AGGCCUAUUUCUUAAAUCUACAUGCACUCAAACAACGAUAUAUUAUAAUAACGAAAACAAGAAGACAAUAAAUGUUAUAUGCAUGCUUGUGGUAUAAGAAAACUUGGAUCACUGCAGAAAAGAGUAGACAGGUGGUUAUAUAUAUAUAUAUAUAAGUCGGAAUGCAUUCUACAUAUUGCUACUACAACAAACUUAGCACAAAAUGAAGCAAGUAAUUAAUUGUUACAUUUGCGGUGUGUGUUUUGUUAUGUUGUUUGUGAGUUGCAAAGGAGUGAUAAAGCUGCCGGAAAAUAUGACGAUUCCGGCAGUUUACGCAUUCGGAGACUCGAUAGUGGAUCAGGGCAACAACAACCUCAUCAAGACCCUCAUCUACUGCAACUUCCUUCCCUACGGUCAGGAUUUUCCCGGUGGAUUUCCCUCCGGCAGGUUUACCAAUGGCAAGACUCCUCCUGAUUUGAUCGCUGAAGAAUUGGGAAUCAAAGACUUAAUUCCGGCAUACAGUGACAAAAAUUUGACGGCUCAAGAUCUUCCAACUGGCGUCAGCUUUGCUUCUGGCGGCUGCGGAUAUGACCCUCAGACUUCUAAAAUAGUGGCAGUGACCUCCUUGUCGGAUCAAUUAGGGCAUUUCAAAGAGUACAUAGGGAAGCUGAAAGGGGCAGUUGGGGAAGAAGGUACAAACAAGAUAUUGAAGGAGGGUUUGUUCUUGGUGGUGGCUGGCAGUGAUGACCUGGCUAAUACUUACUUCACCGUUGGUAUUCGCCGAAUGCAGUAUGAUAUUUCUUCAUAUGCUGAUCUUCUUGUUGCCUCUGCCUCCGAUUUUAUACAGGAAAUCUACAAGCUUGGGGCAAGAAGAAUUGCUGUAUUUUCCAUCCCACCAAUUGGAUGCUUGCCGUCUCAGAGAACUCUGGCUGGAGGCUCAAAGAGAGAUUGUGCAGAUAAUUACAACAAGGCUGCACAAUUAGUUAAUUCUAAGCUCUCACUUCAACUACUCAAUCUCAACAAUACAACAUUGCCACAGUCGAGGGUAGUUUACAUUGAUGUUUACAACCCUCUUCUCGAUCUCAUCCUACACCCUCAAAACUACGGGUUUGAAGUGAGUGACAAAGGUUGUUGUGGCAGUGGAAAUAUAGAAGUAACAACGUUGUGCAAUAAAUACAGUGGAACGUGUGGAAAUGUGUCAAAUUAUAUAUUUUGGGACAGCUAUCAUCCUACUGAGGGAGCGUACAAGGUUCUUGUCGAUCAUAUCAUUCACAAAUAUAUCGAAAGUUUCGUCAACUUGUUCAAACCAUUACUGUUUCUCUGCCUCGCCACUUUCCUUGUAGCUCACAAUGCAGCCAUAAAUCUACAUAAAAACACCACGAUUCCUGCCUUCAUCGUGUUCGGAGACUCCGUGGUCGACACCGGCAACAACAAUUAUCUCAAAACUAUAAUCAAAGUUAACUACCCUCCAUAUGGCCAGGAUUUUGUCGGGGGACGCCCCACCGGAAGAUUCUCCGACGGAAAAGUUCCAUCCGACCUCAUCGCUGAAGAGUUAGGAAUCAAGGAGCUCCUGCCAGCUUAUCUUGAUCCAAAUCUACAAGAUGAUGACCUCCUCACAGGAGUUAACUUUGCUUCGGGAGGGUCGGGCUUCGACCCUCUAACAUCAAACGUCGUGUCGGUACUGUCAUUGUGGGACCAGCUAGAAAUGUUCAAAGAUUACAUAAGAAAAGUGGAGGAGAUGGUUGGGCAGGAGAGAACGUCGGCGUUGUUGAGCAAAAGCCUAUUUGCGGUGGUCUCCGGCAGCAACGACGUUACCAAUACCUAUUUCGGGGCAGUGUCCCUGCGAAAAUCGCAGUACGACGUUCCUGCCUACGCCGACUUGCUAGUUAGCUACGCCUCUGCCUUGGUGCAGGAUUUGUAUAAAUUGGGGGCAAGACGAAUGGGAGUGUUUGGGCUAGCGCCGUUGGGAUGUUUGCCAUCGCAAAGAAGUUUGAAGGGUGGAGCUGAGAGGAAAUGCGUGGAUUUGUAUAAUGAUUUUGCGGAAAUGUUCAACCAAAAGCUGUUUGUGGAAUUGAGGUCUCUCAAUGCUCGAUAUCCGGAAGCCACCCUCAUAUACGUCGAUAUUUAUAAUCUUCCACUUGAUCUCAUUCGCUACCCCCAAAAAUAUGGAUUCAAAGUAUCAGAUAAGGGAUGCUGCGGAACAGGGACAAUAGAAGUAGCAUUUCUGUGCAAAUAUACGUGUUGGAAUGCGUCUGAUUAUGUGUUCUGGGACAGCUUUCAUCUUACAGAAAAAGCCUACCGCCUUCUUGUACAUCAGAUCCUCACCACCACCAUCCACAAUUUUCUCUCCUAGCAUCUUACUUUUCUUUCACUUUCUUUUUCUUUUACACAACAUGGAAAUGGAAUCGAACUACAUUAAAUUCAUUCAAACUGCAAUCA